UUAUGCGUAAGUCACGUGAAUGCUGAUGGCGUCAACUGUUUUGGUACGAAGAAGGAAAAACAUUAAUAAUUUUAUCGUUAGUAAAUAAAUAUUCGGAUGGUUUCGAACUGUUAAAGAGUAAUUAAGUCGAUUACCGUCGAUAAUAAGUUAAAUUAGUGCUUUUUUGUGGUCUGUAGAAUAUUUUUUUCCCUUAUUAAUUUGGUGAAUUGGAAGAGAAAGUUUGGUGUUUUGUUUUUGUUUUUUUUUUCUUCAUUUUUUUGUCGAAUGUUGGAUGGCUUAUUCGGGAAUUUAUGGCUUGAAUAUCAACGAUCAAGAACAGGACGAACAAUUAGCCGAAAAUGAAGGACCACCAAGGCUUCUGAGGUUGAAAAUUGUUGCUGGUCAUAAUCUUGCCAAGAAAGAUAUAUUUGGAGCCAGUGAUCCCUAUGUUCGGAUUGAUCUUGUAAAAAUAAGCAACGAUGAAGUCAUUGAUUCGGUACAUACGAAAACGAAGAAAAAGACAUUAAAUCCACGAUGGGAAGAGGAGUUCGUAUUUCGAGUAAGACCUCAGCAUCAUAAGAUGGUGAUGGAAGUUUUUGAUGAAAAUCGAUUGACGAGGGAUGAUUUUCUUGGUUUAGUAGAACUUCCCCUUCAUCAUAUUCCUACAGAAAGACCGGGUCAUUAUAUUCCACACAAGUAUUAUAUUCUUCGUCCAAGAAGUGCUCGAUCACGCGUGAAGGGUCAUUUACAGAUCUAUCAUGCAUUUUUAGCAAAUGGAAAUGAUAAUGAAAGUAAUGAAGAGGAACAAACUCAACAAGAAACUGAGGCUGGAUGGGAAAUUGUUGAAGUGAUGGAUGAAAGUAAUGUUCAUGAAGAAACACCAUCAGAACCAAUUAUGGCAUUAGUUCAGUCUUCUAACCAAGCUAGUUUACCUGCAGGUUGGGAGGAAAGACAAGACGCUAAUGGAAGAACAUAUUAUGUAAAUCACAUAGCUCGUACCACACAGUGGGAACGACCAACUGGAAUUUCACCAACAGAAGAACAAGUACAGCAACGUAGUUUAGAUUCUGCAAGAGAAUUUGAACGGCGUUUUCACAUUAGUGCAGACAAUGGUGAAAUGGAAUCUCAAAUUCCAGAAGAAACACCUGUACAGUCACCUACAGAGUUAUCAUCGCAAUUGUCUGCUCAGUUAUCGCUUGAUGGAUUACCUGCAGGAUGGUCACUUCAAGUAGCACCAAAUGGAAGAGUGUUUUUCAUCGAUCAUAAUACAAAAACAACAACUUGGGUCGAUCCUCGAACUGGCAGACCAAGUCCUCUUCCCAAUCAAAAUAAUGUGCCCAACAGGCCAUCAUUUAGUAGUGUGGAUGAUCUUGGACAGUUACCAGAAGGAUGGGAGGAACGUGUACAUACUGAUGGCAGAAUAUUUUUUAUUGAUCAUAAUACCAGGAUAACGCAAUGGGAAGAUCCUCGGUUAAAUAAUCCUAAUAUUGCAGGACCGGCUGUACCAUAUUCCAGAGACUACAAACGGAAAUAUGAGUAUUUAAAGGCAAAACUUCCAAAGCCAUCCAAUGUGCCUAACAAAUUUGUGAUGAAUGUCUGUAGAAACAACAUUUUGGAAGAUUCCUAUCGAAUUAUCUGUGGUGUGUCACAAGUUGAUCUCCUUAGAACUAAAUUAUGGAUAGAAUUUGACGGCGAAGAAGUUCUGGAUUAUGGUGGAGCAUCCAGAGAAUGGUUUUUUCUUUUGUCUAAGGAAAUGUUUAAUCCAUAUUAUGGCUUAUUUGAAUAUUCUGCAAUGGAUAAUUAUACAUUACAAAUUAAUCCAUUUUCGGGUAUGUGCAAUGAAGAACACCUUUCAUAUUUCAAGUUUAUUGGUCGAAUAGCUGGAAUGGCAGUCUAUCAUGGAAAACUUCUUGAUGCAUUUUUCAUUCGUCCAUUUUAUAAAAUGAUGUUGGGAAAGCCAAUAACACUAAAAGAUAUGGAAUCUGUGGAUUCUGAAUAUUACAAUUCCCUCCUUUGGAUUAUGGAAAACGAUCCAGCAGAAUUAGAUUUGAGAUUCUCGAUCGAUGAAGAUUUAUUUGGUCAGAUGCAGCAAAGAGAAUUAAAACCUGAAGGUGCCAACAUUUCUGUCUGUCAGGAAAACAAGAUGGAAUAUAUCGAACUCGUCAUCAAAUGGAGAUUUAUGUCACGGAUACAACCACAAAUGAAUUCCCUUCUAGAAGGAUUCAAUGAAAUUGUACCUUUAUCAUUAAUUAAAGUGUUUGAUGAGCACGAAUUAGAACUCUUGAUGUGUGGUAUUGGAAAAAUUGAUGUUAAGGAUUGGAAACAGAAUACUGUAUAUAAGGGUGGAUAUCAUCCGAAUCAUAUUGUAAUUCAAUGGUUUUGGAGAGUUCUUCUUUCGUUUAAUAAUGAAAUGAGAGCAAGAUUAUUGCAGUUUGUGACGGGAACUUCUCGUGUACCUAUGAAUGGUUUUAAAGAGCUCUACGGAAGUAACGGUCCACAGUUGUUUACUAUAGAGAAAUGGGGAGCACCUAAUAAUUUACCUCGUUCGCAUACAUGUUUCAAUCGAAUAGAUUUACCCCCAUAUGAAGUGUACGAAGAGUUGAGAGAGAAACUGAUUAAGGCCAUCGAAGGUUCGGAAUCAUUUGGAGGCGUGGAUUAAAAUUUCAGCUUGUGCCAUUAUCUUUAAUAUGAAAUGUUUGUAUUCACCUAGUUAUUAUUAGUAUAAUUUUAUAGCAAUUCUUGCUAAUAAAAAAAAAAAACAAAAAAAUUCAUAAUGGCAGUGUAAUAAGAUUCGGAAUGAUUUCAAUCUAUUAAGGUUCUCGCUAACUUGAAUAUAUUAUUGUAGCAUGCGAAGCUGGUGUUGUACAAAGUACAAAACAGCAGAGAUCUGCUUAAUUAAAGAGAGAUAAUCGAGAGGCAUUGAUCGUAAUUCACGUAACGUAAGGUAUCGACCACACGUUCCAAGAAAUAAUUCUUGCUACACCUCAAUUUUCCUGCCUUACUUUUUACUGUUUUUACCUAUCUCCUGAUCAGUGAUAUAAUCAUGAAUAAUUGAUUCUUUCCUUAGAAAGGUUUCUAUUUACUAAAGCGUUGCACUGCAGCUAAAUAAUUAAUUGUAUAUAAAUAACUAAAAAAAAAAAAAGGAGUGAAAUUUAGUGCAUUAAAGUUUGUGUCCAAUAUUUCCUAUUAAAAAAAAGAAAAAAAAAAAAACAAUAUUAAUCUUAAAUUAUCUACUCAAAGAUGUACAGUUUAUCAUAGGUUUUUAAUUUACAUGAAUAUGUUUGUAUAUAUAGAAACUUUUCAAGUUUUCUCAACCUGAUUAGAUAUUUUAUACGGUUUAUGAAAGUCUCUUCUCUUCCCAAAAGAAAUCAGCUUAAGUUUAAAAGAAGUUGAUUAAACUGGGAAUUUCCAAAAGAAAAAAAAAACAAAAUAUAUAUGUAAAUAAUUAUUCUUCAUAUUGUACCUGUGCCGUAAGUCUGGUAUGAGUUUUGCUGUUAGUUAUUAUUUUUAUAGCUUUGAAAAUAUCUGUUGUUUAGGAGUUGUCUCGUUGGAGGAAACCUUAAAUAAGUAGUUAAUAACUGGAACAUUCCAUUCAGAAGCCAUGCUUUUUGUUUACUAAAAGAUGUUCUUCAUUUGAAUGUUGAAUGUAAAAUAUUAUUAAAAGAUUCUUUCUUUUAUUAUUAUUAUUAUUAUUUUUUUUUUUUUGAUAAAUUUGUUUUGUUGCUGGAUCCAUGAGAGAAAAAAAAAAACACAAACUAAUAUUUACCCCAAUGUAUUUUGAAUGUGAAUUAUUUAAUUGAUUGUGAUGUUUUAUCAAAAACAAAAUGUGAUUUUAUUGUUUAUCAUCAAUAAAGAAAGCUAUAUGACUUUUGAAAA